AGCCAGCCGCCCAAACCAGCAACCAAAGAAACAGCUAGAGAGAGAAAGAAACCCCGGAUUACGGAUUCCUCCCUCCCCCAAAGGCCAAAGCCUCCCACCGCCGAGCCGCCGCCGCCGCCGGCUUUCUUGUUUCUAGCUUCCUUUGAUGAUGAACGCUCUCGGUUUAUCGGUGGCGGCCACCAGCACCGGCUCCCCCUUCCACGACGUCUGCUGCUAUGGCGCUGGGAUUGCAGGGAACAUCUUCGCUCUUGUGCUCUUCAUCUCCCCGCUGCCGACGUUCAAGAGGAUCGUCCGGAACGGAUCGACGGAGCAGUUCUCGGCGAUGCCGUACAUUUACUCGCUACUCAACUGCCUCAUCUGUCUCUGGUACGGCCUCCCCUUCGUCUCCUACGGCGUCGUCCUCGUCGCCACCGUCAACUCCAUCGGCGCCCUCUUCCAGCUCGCCUACACCGCCACCUUCAUCGCAUUCGCCGACGCCAAGAACAGGGUGAAGGUGUCCAGCCUGCUGGUUAUGGUGUUCGGCGUGUUCGCUCUAAUUGUGUAUGUUAGUCUGGCGUUGUUUGAUCACCAAACACGGCAAUUGUUCGUCGGUUACCUCAGCGUUGCGUCCCUCAUAUUCAUGUUUGCGUCCCCCUUGUCCAUCAUUAAUCUGGUGAUCAGGACGAAGAGCGUGGAGUACAUGCCCUUCUAUUUGUCACUCUCUAUGUUCUUGAUGAGCGUAUCGUUCUUCGCAUAUGGAGUUCUACUGCAUGAUUUCUUCAUAUAUAUUCCAAAUGGGAUUGGAACCGUUUUGGGUGUCAUUCAAUUGGUGCUCUAUGGCUACUUCAGAAAAGGAUCAAGAGAGGACAGCCUCCCAUUGCUAGUCACACAUACAUGAGCACACCAAGGAACAAGGUCCUGCAAGCAAUUUGCCUGCCUUUGUUUCUUGGAAAAUCAUCGGUUCUCUUAUCAGUUAUCACAUAUUGGAUUUUGUGUUGGUGGUGGUGUUUACUGUUCUUUUGUAAAAUUGUUUUGUGGUUUGAAAUGUACAAAUAGAUUUUGGUAUACCAUAUUGAAAGUAGUUUUCCAGCUCUGUUGCUAGCUGCCACAUCAUUUCUUGGUUCUUGGAUACCUUUGUAUAUCAGAAACAAAAAUCGUCACAAUCUACAAUUGGAGCUGUAAGAGGUGAAAUUUAUCUAGCUAAAUCCGAAAGCUAGCAUUAACACUUACUAUUUGUUCUAAA